UGCGGAGGCUGUUUCCAGCGGAGCGCGGUUUGUGUGACACCGCAUCCAGUGUCUACUGCGCUAGAUUUUUAUGCUUCCGCGUUUGAGGGCUCUCAGUUCUAUCCAGCAACGGUGGCACUUCCUAAAGUCCCGAAAUGCCAGCUAGAAGAUCACUGAAAUUGGAUGAUCUGUUUGUGAAAAAGGGCCAAGCAGUUUCUUUAUUGGCCAAUGACCUUCCUCCAUCAGGGUACAAGUGGCAGACCUUAAGACAGAACACUGACAGAAGACUGCGGUCAUUUAGUCCUUCAAAAUGCAGAAGGAAGAAAAGUAUUACAACUUAUUCUCCAACAACUGGAACUUAUCAAAUGAGCCCAUUUUCUUCUUCUACAACCCCCAAAGAACAAGAGUGCGGAAACAGACCAUCAAAUGGAAAGACAAAGCAGAAUAACCUCAGCUCACCUGUGAGAGAGGAAUCCACAGCAAAAGACAGCGAUGAAUUCAUAGUGCUGCUAUCUAAAAUUGAGAGAUCAGCAGAAAACACCAUGGAGAUAAUGAAGAAUUUAAGUAGUAUACAGGCUUUGAAGAAUAACAGAAGACUUGAAGAUCUCAUUGGUGUUUCCCUGGUCCCAUGUUCCUUAAAAAAUGAAGUAGAGAAAACUAGAACACUAAUGACAAAAGCAACAGAACAAAAGCUGUUUGAUAAGAAGGAUUCAAAAAUUCCCCCCAAAGAACAUCAUCUUGACAGCUUCGAAUUCCUUAAAGCCAUUUUGAACUGAGUGUUACCUUCAAGUCUGAAAACUGUGUCAAUCUACAUGAGUGUUAGUAAGAAUGCAACCCUGCCUGACAUGAAGAGUUGGUGAAAGCAGGACUGUUAAGUUUGAAAACUGCCUUCUCAGACAGGAAAUGGAUUAUCUAUGGAUAAGUAGGAAAAAAUAAAAGAGUUCAU